GGUUCCAUUAUCAAGUUUGAAGCAAAAUAAAAGCUUGUCCCUCCUCCCUAAAUAAACUAUAAUAUUCUCCAUUUUUUACCUCCUAAAAAAGCACGAAAGUUCCAUUCGGCCAUACCUUCUUAGUCAAGAAAGCAUUUCAUUUCUUCAUUCCCCAUUUCCCAUUUUCCAUUUCCCAUCUCUUUCUCUCUCCUCAGCUUUUCUUUCUUGUAUAUCUAUAACCAUUGAACUUGCACACCCUUCUCUCUCUCUCUUCCUUGAACUUCGUUGUCUUUGAAUUUCUCUCCUUUUGAUUCUUCUCUCUUUCUCAAUUCCAAACACUGCACAAAUUCCCUUGUAAAUUUAAACCUAUGUUAUACUUAUUAUAGUAGUACUGUAUUAUAAUUUAUAAACUUUCCUUCUUUCAUUAUUUCAUUCAGACAAUUUAACAAACACUUAACAGACACAAAUUAAACACUUUUCAAAAUGUUGGAGCUACAAGUGAAUACUACCCAACCCGAACCCGAACCCACAACCACCACCAGCUCCGGUGGCGGAAACACAAGCAAUAGUGGUGGAAGAAGGCCCAGAGGAAGGCCCGCUGGGUCCAAAAACAAGCCCAAACCACCUAUAAUAAUCACAAGAGAUAGCCCAAAUGCGUUGAGAUCCCACGUUCUAGAAGUUUCUGCAGGUUCAGAUGUUGUCGAAUCUGUCACUAAUUUCGCACGCAGAAGAGGGAGAGGAGUCUGCGUGUUUUCCGGCACAGGUGCGGUUACCAACGUUAAUCUCCGACAACCUGCGGCGCCAGCUGGCAGUGUGAUGACUAUGCACGGAAGAUUCGAGAUUCUGUCGAUUACUGGGACUGCGCUACCACCACCUGCACCACCUGGGGCAGGUGGGCUGACCAUAUUCUUGUCGGGUGGGCAAGGGCAGGUGGUUGGUGGUAGUGUUGUGGGACCUUUAAUGGCUUCUGGGCCUGUUGUUUUGAUGGCGGCUUCGUUUGCGAAUGCGGUUUUUGAUAGGCUGCCAUUGGAGGAUGGUGAAGAAAGAGAAAGCGGGAGUACUCCUAUUGGGCAACAAGUUCAGCCGCCGCAACAACAGCAACAUGAGAAUCAGCAUCAACAACAACAACAGCAACAGCCGACGGCUUCGCAGUCGUCGGGUGUUACAGGGAGUGUAGGACAUAUUGAAGGAGGAAAUUAUUCUAAUUAUGGUAGUGGUGGUGGUGGUGGGAAUGAUGUGUUUGGUUGGAGGCCGCAGUUUUAAGGUUUAUGAGUGAUAGAGUAUAAACCUAUUCCUGGAAUUUCAACCAUGAGCUUAAGCUUUCGAUGAGACAUUUCGUCGAAUAAGUGGUGGGCAAAGGUCGGAGUUGGGGAUGAUUAUAUAUUAUGCUCCUAAGUAUGAGGUACAAUUUUUGUGUAAAAAAAAAAAAAGGAAGAUAAAAUAUGUGCAAAUUUAAGUAGACUAGUUACUAUCGUUUUGUUCUAGAUCUUUGUAGUUUUCAUGGCAUUUGUAUUUGCAAUUUUGCACAUUGCAUGUUGGGGUUUUGGGUUUUCAGUGACUUUUGGGGGUUAAUUUUUACUGAUUUGUAGAUUUUUAAUGAAUGUGGAAAUUUGUUGAUCAUGCAAGAGGUUAGUGUAUGUGUGCCAUAUUGGUAUUUCCUUUAA